AUGUCUGGCAACAUGAAUCCAAGAACCGUCCUCAAGUACUUCCUUGCUAGAGAGCAAGCAGAAGGCCGCGGUGCCAGAGUCAGAAGAUCGAUCGGCACUAUCAACUUAAGAAACUUCACACCUUUCUUGAUGCUUGAUCACUUCCAUGUCACCCCGGGAAUUGGUGGUUUCCCAUCACAUCCUCAUCACGGCCAAGAGACCAUCACUUAUAUCACGCAUGGUGCCAUGGCCCAUGAAGAUUUUACCGGUAGUGCUGGUAUCUUGUAUCCAGGUGAUUUGCAAUUCAUGACCGCUGGUAAAGGCGUGGUUCAUAGUGAAAUCCCAGUUAAAUUGAAAGAUGAUCCAACACAAGCGUGUAUUGGCAUGCAAUUGUGGGUGGACUUACCAGAAAAUUUAAAGAACACUCCGCCAAGAUACAGAGACUUGAAAAAAAAGGAAAUCCCGAUCGCCAAACCAAAUGAUAAAGUUGAGGUCAAAGUUAUUAGUGGCUCAUCUUAUGGUAUCGGAUCAUUAAGAGACUUGGCGUACACUCCAGUUUGUUACUACCAUUAUACCGUUAAGCCUGGUGGGGAAUUCAAGCAAGAAGUUCCAGCUGAUUUCAACUCUUUUAUUUAUUUGAUGGAAGGUGGGUUGACCAUCAACGACAAGGAAUACGACCAAUAUAAUGCAAUUUUCUUCAACAGAGAUGGUGACUAUAUUGAAGGUAAAAACCCAGCUAAUGCCACCAAAGACGCUAGUUUUGUUUUGAUUGGCGGGGAAGCUUUGGAUCAAAAGAUUGUUCAACAUGGCCCAUUUGUGGAAACUAGCGUAGAAAAAAUGCAUGAGGUUUUCAGAAACUAUCAACAUGGUAUCAAUGGGUUUGAGAAGGCUAGAGAAUGGGAGGCCAAGAUCGAUAUUGGUGUCGAAGAAGGCGAUGUUAUCGGCAAUACUGCCACUCCAAAAAAGGAUGAAUUAUGA